AUAAUCACAUGUACAAACGUACUAGCAUGGAAUAACGCUAUGAUUGUGGGUAUGCCAGUUGUAUUUAGUAUGUACGGCCAAGACGCGAUAGAGAUACAAACUAUUAUUACAGCGCUUCAGAUCAUUCUGAUGGUUUCGCUAAUCGUACCAAUGUACGAGUUUAAUGGAGCACUGAAUGGAAAGCGGGCCAUCAUGCGCAAUGAAAGCCUAGCGUGGUCUCUACUGUGGUACAAAGUAGCCCCGGAAAAGCCAGCGCCAUCGAUACCCGUACUUUAUCUCGGGUGGUUGAGUGACACUGUACACGCAUUGGCCUUUUUCAACAUCGGCUUCUUCAUGCACACGCAGAAAAUGAUACCCGAACGCAACCUUCUAUUCCAAAUUCUGGGUCUGCUUAUUCUCAAGUUUGUAGUUGCCCCGAUGGUCAUGUUUUUGUCCGCGUACGUCACGGGAGUUGAAGAACUUGCCCACCAUACCAUCGUAGUGCAAUCAUUCAUCCCGUCUGCUUCGAUUCUGUUUGCGUUUGCUGAGCACUAUGAUGUCAUGCCAGAGCUCAUGGCACCGGUUGUAUUAUACGGCGCACUGCUGUCCCUUCCCGCCUCACUAUUUGGAUAUUUGAUAGUAGAGGCCGUAUUACCCGAUCUCGUCUAA